AUGGUUAACAUUACUAAUGCGAGUACAAAUUAUAAAAAGCCUAACGAUAAUGAAAAUGAAGAGUCAUCCUUGAUGUUAGAGCACACACAAUUAUAUUACAAUACUGAUGUUGCUAUUGAUGACACUAAUAUUCGCAAUAAGCACUCUUAUAAAACAAGGUUUUUAUCAACAACACUUUUUUUCAUUGCUGGAAUUAUUAUGGUACUUUUAACUAUAAUGAUAUUAUUCUCCUAUGUAACCGGUGAGAUUACAAAUUUUAUCGAAAACAAGAUAGAAAAUUUCCCCAUAAUAGAUAAAAACGGGUUUAUCAACAGUGAUAACACCGAUAAUCUACUUUUCAUUGGUGAUGUGCAUGGGGAAUACAGCUACUUAAUGGAUUUAAUAGAUUCAGUAGAAAAAGAUAAUAAUACACCCACCACAUAUGUUUUAUUGGGUGAUUUUAUAUCGAAGGGCCCCGAAUCUACAAAAGUUGUUGAUUGGAUUAUCGAAAAUCAAGAUCAGGUAAAAUGUGUACUAGGAAACCACGAAAUAUCAGUAAUCUCUGCUUUAUUAAAUAACAACAAAAUGAUUAGAAAACUAAAUAAAUUAUUGAAAAAAAAGUUUGGUAAUAAUGAAAAUAACAAAAAAUAUUUUGACAAUGAUGAUUUAAUAGAAGAUGGGUUUAUACCCAUUAGGUUUUCUACCGGCAACAGCAGCGACUCAAUUGAAUAUUUCAUAUUAGAUUCUAAUAUAAUUACCAAAAAACAUAAAAUAUUGGCAAAUAACUUGGGUUGGGAUAGGUUAGGGUUUAUAGCUAAUCAUUGCAACGUAAUGCUAAAAUACAAUAUCUCCACCAGCCAUUCAUUAGUUGCGGUUCAUGCCGGUAUUUUACCCAAUGAAGUGGACAAUCCUUCUAUUAGAAAUGCGGUGUCCAUGAAGUAUGUUGAUAAAAAUGAUUGGUCUAACACUUCAAAAUUCAAGUUUGAUAAUUCUGUACCUUGGUACAAGCUGUGGAGGAAAAAUAAAGAGAGCGAUACCCCAACCAGUACCAUUUUAUACGGUCAUAAUGCCAAAAAAGGUCUAAACCUAAGACCAUAUACUAAGGGUUUGGAUUCAAGGUGUGUUAAGGGCGGAGAAUUAAGUGGGUUGUUAUAUGAACAUGAAUCAAAAAAUGCGAUCGAUGUUGAUAAAAGCAAAAAGCACAAAAAAAGUGCUGAUUUUCAAGAGCCUACAUUGUAUCAAGUUGAUUGUCACUAG